CGCUGGUAUAAAAUUAGAUGAGCUGUCGCAGAGGUUCUCAAUAUAAAGGAGUCCUGCACAGUACAAUGAAGGGGAAACUCACUCUCAACAUGACAUCUGCUACUACCACGAUGGGCUUAGUAAAAUCAGCUGGAGUGUCCCUCCUCCUGUUGUCUUUUCUACUUUCCAUAUCCGACUCUUAUCCCAACAUUGGCUCUUCAAACGUGGGCUGUGAUGAAUGCAGACCAAAGACCAUCCACCUUUUUUCAAGGGAAAAAGGGCCAGUUUACCAGUGUAUGGGCUGCUGCUUCUCCAGAGCGUACCCAACACCUCUCAGGGCCAUGAAGACGAUGACGGUUCCGAAAAACAUCACAUCAGAGGCAACAUGCUGUGUUGCCAAGCACAGCCAUGAGGUAAUCGUAGAAGGCUUCCCACUGAGAAACCAUACAGAGUGCCACUGCAGCACCUGUUAUUACCAUAAGAUAUGACUGAUGGGGACGUGUGACCACUCUGCAGCACUCAGCUCGCCAACAAAAGUUUCUCUUUUAAAUUGUACAAGCUCUUCUUUGUUUUAAAGUGUAUGAUCUUGGUAUUUUCAGAUAGUAUUUUCAUUUAGUCAUUCUGUCCCUGUUUUCUGUAACUGGCUUUUUUCAUUAAUUGUGGAUUCAAAAUAAAUUAUACUGUGCACCAACAUUGUGUUGUAUAUAAUUAUAAAUGCAUUGUUUUUAAGCUGAGGUUGCAGCUAGUUUAUUCAUCGUGACUUAUGCUGGACACAA